AUGGAAGUCGCGAGGGCGCUCAUUCGCACAGUAGCGAGAGCAUUCUACGACACGAAGCAUGUGCUUGUCAUUGAUGCGUUGAUGAUCCACUCAGCGUCUGCUGCUCCUCGAAUCUGUUGUGCUACGAAGAUAACUAAAACUAAGGCCAGGCUACCGGUCGAUGAUCUCGCUUACUUGCUGAAUAUGCAGUCGAAAGACCUGCGCAAACUAUGCGGGAAACUGAGAGAGGAUCGACUGCUGGCAGUCCAGGCAAGGCCUGAGAUCCGUGAUGGCAUGUCAAGACCUGUCAGCAGAGAGUACUACUUCAUCGAUUUUCAUGCUACAAUAGAUGCGAUAAAGUACCGGGUCUACAUGCUGGAUGCAAAGGUCAAGGAGUUAUAUAAGCCUAUCGAAGAAAAGAAGGACUAUUUCUGUCCUACUUGCAAAGCUCAGUGGACUCAACUUGAGGUAAUCGACAAGUAUGGUCCGAUGGGUUUCGAAUGUCAUCGUUGUGGAGGCCUGCUAGAGCGAGAGGAGAAAAAGGAGGGCGAGGAGACUGGGCACGAAAUGGAAGCCAGGCUCCACGAACAGACGAAGCGUAUUGUUGGAAUGCUGAAGCAGAUCGACUCACAGGAGAUUCCAAACAAUGAUUUUGAAACAGCACUGUCUCUUGCACGUGCUGUCGAUAGAGAUCACGGAUCCAACCAAUUGAAACCCUAUCAGCCUGAGAAGGAAGGUAAGGCUUCUGCCGCAGCCAAGGGUCUCAGGACUGGCAUCGUUGCUUUGGAUGUAUCUGUCACCGAGCAUACGGCGGCAGAGAAAGCCGACGAGGCGCAGCGAAAAGCAAGCGCAGCCGCUCAGAAUGUGCUACCAGUCUGGCACACUACGUCGACCGUUGCAAAUAAGAGCGUUCUCCCGACUGCAGAAAAUGGAGGAGGACAGCCAAACGGCACACCCGUAGUCAAGGAGGACGAAGAGGAAAAGAAAGACUCAGGUGUUCUCAACGACGAACUGACCGCUUAUUACGCUCAGCUCGCGCGCGAGAAAGAAAAGGAGGCGCAGGAGGACCGUGAAGCGGACGAGUCUUCUGGUAAUAAUGAAGACGAGUUCGAGGACGUAGAUGUUGGUCUAUCGAAUGUCGGCACGCCCUUGAGCUCGCCAUCAGCUGAUGCUGAGGAGCAGCGCUCACUAAACAUGAAGAAGGAAACGGAGUCGGGUAGCAGUGGCCCGGCUACCAAUUCGUCCACACCCGUCAAUGGAGAGGGUCCGGCGUUCAAAAAAGUGAAAUUUGAAGAAUCGGCGAGUGGGCGCGUGAACGGCGAAUUGGGUGCAGGUGGAGCAGCAGAUAAAGUGUCGGACGAAGAUGACGACGAGGUCGAGUUUGAAGACGUGUGA